CUAACUGCGAACAUAGCGAACGCAUUGCGACCAACUCUAAUGAGUAGACGCUACUUCAUUUAUCAUUACGCUGACAUACACAGUAAGUCACCGGACAGCGGCAAAUUAAGACGUAGCAUUAGACCUGGUCGAGCAAUUCAAUUAAGGCGAAACAGCACUCCAACAUUUGUAAGAGAGAUUGAUUAGUGUAAUGGCACCGCCACCACCACCACCACACGGCGGACCACCCGGACCGCCACCGGGACCACCACGGCGACCAUUAGUUAAAGUGGAAAUUAUACCACCGUGGCGACGACGCCAUCAUCACCAUCACCACCACCAUCACUCACCGCCGCCGCCGCCACCGCCCAGUCAGCCGGUCGUUGUGGUAGUACCCGGGCAGCCACAGCCGCCACCGCCACCAUACGGCGCUGGUUACUAUCCACCGCCACCACCGGGGCCUGAUUCACACUACCACAAUCCGCCGCGUUAUUGAGAAAUUCGGUAGAAGUCAAUUGGAACAAUUUAGUGUUUAAGUGCUGUUUUAAAGGAAAUAUUUAGUAAGACACCUUGUGUGGUGAAAUAUGCAUUUUUAUAGUACUUAUAUAUGAAUGUGUAUUAGUUAUAAUUGCUUGAAAUUCUUUAAUAAAAUUUAUUUUUUACCAUACCAAGUAUAAGAAAUGUUAGUUUUUGCUAAAAUAUAACAGUUUAUUUGUGUCUGCGCUGCUAUCGGCCUGCAGUUAUCAAUUGUCAUAAAUAAUUAAUCAGCGUAUGUUCUGUUUUUCGAAGGCGCUCAAGCUCAAGGGUUUAAUAAAAAGCUUAUAAACAA